UUCAUCCAGGAUCAGCAGCUGUUGGCCUUUUCGACACAGUCUACCACGGAAGCGGACAGGCUCGAAGGUGGCUGAGUGAUGUCGUGGAUGCGUGACUUUGGAUGCUGCCUGCUGUGCUUGGUGUGUGCGGCACUGUGCAUCUUCUGCGUAGUUCGCGUCACGCAAUUUGAAGAUGAGAAGCACAUCUUUAUAUCGCCUCCCCAACAGAAGAAGGCCGUGGUUGUUGAUUUGACAAACACUUUCACCAAUGACACUAUAUACUGGAAAGACGGCGAAUCUUUUCAUCUAGAUAUAGAAGUUAUUCCCGGCUCUAAUGAUGAAUGGUCACAGAGAGAUAGCAUCUCGGAAGCAACACAUGGCGGUACACACAUAGACGCUCCGUUGCACUGCGCCAAGGGUGGGUGGUCUGUGGCGGACAUUCCCAUUGAACGUCUUAUGUACGUGCCCAUUGUGAAGCUAGACAUCCGGCCACAGGCGGAAGCUGAUCCCAACUACAGCGUCACUUUGUCCGACAUACGUGACUGGGAAAGCCGCUACGGAACAGUUCCUGAUGGCUGCCUCUUUCUUCUCGAGACUGGACAGUGCAGAUUCUGGCCCAAUCGGACGGCAUACAUGGGACUGGACGAGAAUGGGGACCGACACUUUCCCUCCCUCACACCUGAAGCAGCAACGUUUCUCACAACCGAGCGGCGGCCGUACGGUAUGGGCGUGGACGGGCCUUCGCUGGAUCACUACCCUGAGCUCAACGUGCACCGAAUUCUUGCCGCGGCAAGCUUGUACAGCACCGAGAACUUGGCCUGUCUGUCACGUGUGCCGGCCACGGGGGCAAUUGGCAUCGUCCUUCCCAUGAAAAUACAAGGUGCUAGUGGGGCUCCCGUCCGCGUUGUGGCAACGUUACCCUAACACAAACUUCACUAGUUGCUCCACCUCUCUAUGCAAUGUACAUCUGCUACAGAUGCAAAAUAUGAAAUUGGAACAAUAAAAAGCAAAGAAAAAAAAACAGCAGAAGGACUUGGGAC